AUGUGCGUCCUCAACGAGGCCUGCGAAGAGGAAGCGUACAAGAAACUCGUCAUCGCGCUGUGCUCAGAGCACAAGAUCCCGCUGAUCAAGGUCCCCGACGGCAAGAUGCUCGGCGAGUGGGCCGGCUUGUGUGUCUUGGACAGAGAGGGCAACGCCCGCAAGGUGGUCAACUGCAGCUGCGUCGUGGUUAGGGACUGGGGCGAGGAGAGCCAGGAGCGCAAUGUCCUCUUGAACUAUUUCCAGACCGAGCAGUGA